CAUUGUAGCCUAUUGUUGACUCCAUAGCCUCUCAUACUGCUUUCUGUGUCUUUUUGUUCAGAUGCAUUAGUUUUGUUUUCAUACAAUAAUACACUAGAACACCGGACUUAAACGUCUGCCAAAAACUACAGCUUCCCUGUUCACAUCAAAUUCCCAUCAUCCCUGCAAAUUGAAAGAGAAAGCGAAAGAUUAACACCGGGAAGUUGAUGAAGCGCUGUCUCAUUGCUAAGCCUUAACUCAUUGUCGUGUUUUCUAGCAGCCAAAGGCACAGAGGCGGAUGACUUUUACACUUAUCUGAUAUGACAAGUUCUAAAGCUUUCUUCUAGAAAUAAGGAUAGCCUAUUUAUUGCGCUGACAUGUCUCGGGGUUCGAAUGCUGGCUUCGACCGUCACAUUACAAUAUUCUCUCCAGAGGGCCGUCUUUAUCAAGUCGAAUAUGCCUUCAAAGCCAUCGCACAAAGUGGCCUGACGUCGGUGGGCAUCCGGGGUAGAGAUUGUGCCGUUGUUGUUGCGCAGAAGAAAGUGCCGGAUAAGCUGCUGGAUCCAGCUACAGUGACCAGCUUGUUCCCUCUCACGCCGCGUAUUGGAUGUGCAAUGACUGGACACUAUGCGGACAGCCGUUCCCAGGUGCACCGGGCUCGAGUGGAGGCUGCCGAGUGGAAGUACAAGUUUGGCUACGACAUCACGGCAGACAUGUUGUGUCGACGCCUGGCGGACAUCUCCCAAGUUUACACGCAGAACGCAGAGAUGAGGCCGCUGGGAUGCUGUAUGAUCCUGGUGGCCAUGGACCCCCAGAAGGGCCCCAUGCUGUUCAAGUGUGACCCGGCCGGCUACUUCUGUGGCUUCAGGGCCACGGGGGUAGGGGCCAAGGGGCAGGAGGCUAACAGCUACCUGGAGAAGAAACUCAAGAAGAGGCCCGAGCUCACAUACGAACGGGCUGUGGAGAUGGGCAUUUCCUGUCUGUCCUCCAUCCUCUCCAUGGACUUCAAGCCUACAGAGUUAGAAGUAGGCGUGGUUACUACAGAGAACCCCAAGUUCAGAACGCUGAGUGAGGCAGAGAUUGAUGUUCACCUGGUGGCCAUUGCAGAGAGGGAGUGAGUUCGCUGCUGACCACACACACGACACUAGGACCAAUCAACAACACAGGCAGCGCUGGAGACAUGCUGGAGGACAAGCGCGCACGCGCACACACACACGCACGCACGCACGCAUGCACACACACACAGACACACGCACACACAAAAACACACACACACACACACAGGCAGUUUUUUUCAAAGCAACUUAAAAAGAGAUACACACACAUAGUUUUUAGUUUUUGGAUAGUUUUUGGAUUUUUGUACAACUGAUGAUCAUCUAUGACCAGCAAAUGUCCUGUCGGCCCCAGGUUAGCAUCGCAAUUUCAUCAACAUCAAUAUAGUGAUUUUUAAUAAAAAGAGAUUAUUACAGGUUAUUUUGUCAACCAUGAAUAUUCCUUGUGUAUG